AGACAUCCAGCACCUUCCUGCUCUACUCACCAAGUCUCCAUCUCACCCAGAGCAAAGAGCAGGCUCUGAAACUGGGCUGCUCAUCACUGGCCUGGAGCCACUAAACAUCAAGGCUCUGCAGAGGAGAUGCAGAGGACCACCCUGGCAGGGCAGGACUCCAGCACACCUUGGAAGGACAGAGGACCCAGAGAGGGCACAGAGGGGGCAUGACACGAAGGACCCAGUGCACUGAUCUGAGAGUACAGAGUUGCCCCAAUAGGGUCAACCCCCCAGCAGAAGCCCACUUGAGUAUAAGAGUGACCAGCACAGAGACAAGGUGGAAGCAAAGGGAAAGGAUGUGUCAUGUCCCCUCCCAUGGCAGUCCUUGGGCACAUGUACAAGAAGCACAAGAGCAGUGUCCAUUUCCUGACAACUUUGCCAAAGACAAGACCACAGGAAUGACCUUGGGGCAAAUCACCUGCCCUCAAGCCUUGCCAACAGCCCUUCAUCUAAAACUUCUUCCUCUAAUGGCAUCUUUCUGCCCUACAAAUCCUGGAGUCACUCAUCCUGGCACUUAGAGAGAUGGUGCUUCAUGUAGGAAAGCACUUGGCAUGUACCAGGAAAUGAAAAGGCAUCAGUGCAGGAAACCAGGACACAGCCCCUACCAUUAGCUGGGAUGGUUCACAACUGACAUGAGCUGGUCAGAAAAUUAUGACUUGCACAAAGGUGCCUGUGGGCCUGGGGCAGUGCAGGACUGCUAUAAAAGGCAGCCCAAGUCUCUGCUCUCACAUCCACUUCUCUCACCUCCUUCUCCUCGGGAAUCAGGUGCCCCUGUGAGCCAGAGACAUGUCGUGCUGCCAGCCCUGCAACCCCUGCUGCCAGCCCUGCGGCCCGACCCCGCUGGCCAACAGCUGCAAUGAGUGCUGUGUCAGGCAGUGCCAGAGCUCCACUGUUGCCAUCCAGCCCUCUGCUGUGGUGGUGACCCUGCCCGGGCCCAUCCUCAGCUCCUUCCCACAGAACACCGCCGUGGGAUCCUCCACCUCCGCUGCCGUUGGCAGCAUCCUCAGCUGUGACGGAGUGCCCAUCAACUCCGGGGGCUUUGACCUCUCCUGCAUCACCAACCGCUACAGGUGUCGGCCCUGCUAAAGCUGCUGGCAACG